GUUGUAUUUAUGUAUUUUUCUUUUAUUUUUUUUUUUAUUAUUUUCGAAUCUAAUUUUUGUAAUUUGUAAUCUCUCUCACCUCAACUGUUCAUCUUCUUCCCCAUUUUCAGUUUGCUUAGACGGUUGUAAUAGUGGGUAGUUUUUUCAUUUUAAAAAAUUUCAAAUCCCAUCCCACUAUCUUAAACUUCCCUCUCAUUUUCCCUCCCAUUUUUAUUAUUUUUGUCUAUAAAUACCUUCAUAGUUCUUCAUAAUGGCCGUUACUCGUUCAUCACCAUCUCCGGCCAAAGUUACAAAACCCACAAAACAAUCGCAGAAAACCAGACCCAAAUCAAAAAUGGGUAAAAAAAAUCUGAAAGAGAACCCUCCUAGCCCCACUUCCCCUUCUGUUAAAAGAAAAACCAUUGCUGGACCUUCGAAGAACACUCGAGGAAAAAGACCUCGAACUGUUGUUGAAAAUUCAGACUCAGAUUUUGAGUUGGAUUCUGAAUUUCUUAAGUCGCCUGUUUCUGUUAAGGUAUUUUACUAUUUAUCUGUUGUUGUUUUUGAGGUUUUUUGUUUUUUUGUUAAAUUCGAUAUUUGAAGUUCAUAUAUCUGGGUAUUUGUUUGUUUUUGUUUAUGUAUUUGUAAUUGUUUUAUAUAUCUUGUUCGAUUUAUUUAUGUGUUUUUGUUAAUUUUUUAUUUGUUGUUUUGUUGGUGUUGUUAUUUUUUAUUUUAGGGCAAGGGUAAAUCCCCUGUGAAGGUGUUGCCAUCAUCAGGUGUUUCUGAAGAAAUUCCUGUUAAUAUGAUUGUUGAGGUUUGUCAUGUUAUGCAUUCUGUUCUAUGUUUUUUUGUUGUUUUUUUGUUGUUGUUAUUUUCGUAGUGUUUUUUGGUGUUUUAUCAGUGUUUUCAUUGUUCUGUUUUUUAGGAUUGGGAAUGCAAGUACACUCGAUCUCAAUUUUAUCAUUCUAGAGUAGUAACAUCUGGUUAUUACUCUGUACUUGGUGACAUUAAGAGAAUUUUAACUGAAAGCCAAUUGGAAAUUUUUUCAAAAUCUGUGUUUGGUUAUUUUCUUCGAAUUCCUAAGUACAUAAUUCAUUACCAAUUGCUUCAUUGUUUGCUGUUGAGGGAGGUUCAGCAGCCUAAUGGGUUGGAGUUUUGGGUUUGUGUCCAAGGGAAAUACCUUAGGUUUAGUAUCGAAGAGUUUGUGUUGGUCACGGGGUUAGAUUGUCAUGUUGAUUCUGAUUUUUAUCAGUUUAAGCAAGAUGAUAAUGAAUUGGUCAAAUCUUGUUUUAAGGGGUACAAAAAAAUUACCAAGGGUGCUAUUCAGACUGCUUUUAUUGCUGACAAUCUUAAGGAUAACGACGAUCUUGCAGUCAAGUUGGCUGUAUUGUAUUUUGUGCAGUGUUAUUUGUUAGGUGGUCCCCCUGGUAAAGUUGUUUCGUCUGAGGAAAUAGAUGUUGUGGAUAGUGGUCGAUAUAAUGAAUUUGGGUGGGGCAAGCAUUGUUUUGAUAUCACUAUGCAUUCUUUGAAGGGUAAGAUAGAUUCUGGUUAUAAGAGGGUAGUUCGUAGUGACGAGGAUGGUGGGUAUUACAGGUUAUUGGGUUUUCCUUUGGCUAUUCAAUUCUGGUUUUUCGAGUGUUGCCCGUAUGUUAUUGGGAAACUAUCCUUGUACUCAAAUGUUGGCAUUCCAAGGAUUUUGAAUUGGCCUAAAUUACCCAAGGACAAGGAGGGUAUGGUGAAAAUGGAUGUCAUGAACACCCUCAUUUUCGAUCGGUCUUUGAAAGAGUUAAAAUUAAGAAACCUCACUCCAACUUCCGUUGAGAGAUUGAGUUUGAGCCUCACUGAUUUUUUCUCUGGUGAGACUACUCCCAGAAAUUUUGUGAAAUUCAAAAUUAAAGGUGGUUCCAAGCCCGCCGGUCAACUCGGCUUGAUGGGUUCUUCUUCAUCAACUCGCUCAUGA